AUGGUGUACAUCCACUCCUGGCAAGAGUUCCAGGAUGCUGCGGAAUCCCUGUACCUGAAGGCACCUAAUACUACUCGUUACUCUGUAAAGUGGAAAUCGUCUGAAGGCAAACUGGUGCUGAAGAUCACAGACAACACGACAUGUAUUAAGUUCAAGACCAAUUCGUCUAUUUUCCUCAAUCGAUUCGAGUCGCUCAAUCUAUCCAUCAUGCAGAAAAUGCAGAAUCAACAGCGUCGCGAGGAAACACCAGCUGCUGCUCCCACCAGCGACGUGCAUCCAGCAGCCGAAAAUGAUCGUGCUAGCCCUGUUCCUGCUCAAAUAUCAAAUGCGAUUCCUGUUCAGGUCCCGGCGACUGGUGGGGUAAAAAAGAAAAAGCCCAAAAAGAAGAAAUAG